UCUGACAACGUCAAUUUUGAGACUAAUCACGGUUCAACAACGACUUCCCCGUCUAGAUAACUGUUCAUUUGAUUUUUGUUCUUAUUUUAAUAUAUGGUUAUCCCUCUGCAUCUGCAUAAUCAAGAUUGCCAUCUUCUUAACAUAGUAAUGGUUAUUUCUUCAACAACAAAUUGGUUCAUAGCACCAUAAUGUUAUGUAUUUGGUUCUUCUUAUUUUCCUACUUCUCAGGAACUUGCACUUCACUACACAGUUUAGCAGUGAAUCAAUCCAUCCGAGAUGCUGAGAACGAGACUUUGGUUUCAGCGGGUGGAAUUAUUGAAGUGGGAUUCUUUAGCCCAGGAAAAUCAACAAGGCGAUACUUGGGUAUAUGGUUCAAAAAUGUUAACCCUUUAAAAGUGGUGUGGGUGGCUAACCGAAAUGCACCACUUGAGAAAAACUCAGGAGUUCUGAAACUCGACGAAAAGGGGAUUCUUGUCCUUCUGAAUCACAAAAACAGCACCAUUUGGUCAUCCAACAUAUCAAGCAAAGCCGGGAAUAACCCAAUUGCUCAUCCAUUGGAUUCUGGAAAUUUUGUGGUGAAAAAUGGACAGCAACCAGGCAAGGAUGCCAUAUUGUGGCAGAGUUUUGAUUAUCCAGGUGAUACACAUACGCCAGGAAUGAAGUUUGGGUGGAGCUUUGGUCUAGAAAGAUCUAUAUCAUCUUGGAAAAGUGUUGACGAUCCUGCGGAGGGAGAAUAUGUUGUAAAAAUGGAUCUUCGAGGAUAUCCACAAGUAAUUAUGUUCAAGGGAUCUGAGAUAAAGGUCAGAGUAGGACCAUGGAAUGGUCUGUCUUUGGUUGGAUAUCCGGUUGAAAUUCCUUACUGUUCACAAAAAUUUGUAUAUAAUGAAAAAGAGGUGUAUUAUGAGUACAACCUUCUUCAUAGUUUGGACUUCAGCUUAUUGAAACUUUCUCCAUCAGGCAGGGCACAGAGAAUGUAUUGGAGAACUCAAACAAGCACCAGGCAAGUCCUAACAAUUGAGGAGAUAGAUCAAUGCGAAUAUUAUGACUUUUGUGGUGAAAAUUCUAUAUGCAAUUAUGAUGGUAACCGUCCAACUUGUGAAUGCCUGAGAGGUUAUGUUCCCAAGUCUCCAGAUCAGUGGAAUAUGCCAAUUUUUCAAAGCGGUUGUGCUCCAAGGAAUAAAUCAGAUUGCAAAAACAGUUAUACAGAUGGAUUCUUGAAGUAUGCACGCAUGAAAUUGCCAGACACGUCUUCAUCAUGGUUUAGUAAGACCAUGAACCUUAAUGAAUGUCAGAAGUCAUGUCUUAAAAACUGUUCUUGUACAGCAUAUGCAAAUUUAGAUAUCCGUAAUGGAGGAAGUGGUUGUCUACUAUGGUUUAAUAAUAUAGUUGACAUGAGAUAUUUCUCGAAAUCAGGGCAAGACGUUUAUAUCAGAGUCCCUGCUUCAGAAUUAGAUCAUGCUGGCCCUGGAAACAUCAAGAAAAAGAUUCUAGGAAUUGCUGUUGGUGUGACUAUUUUUGGAUUAAUCAUCACAUGUGUCUGCAUACUGAUAAGCAAAAAUCCGAUGGCACGAAGAUUAUAUUGUCAUAUCCCACGAUUUCAAUGGAGGCAAGAAUAUCUUAUCUUGAGGAAGGAAGAUAUGGAUCUGUCAACAUUUGAGUUGUCAACAAUUGCUAAAGCCACUAAUAAUUUUUCCAUCAGAAAUAAACUAGGGGAAGGUGGAUUUGGGCCAGUGUACAAGGGUACACUAAUAGAUGGGCAAGAGGUAGCCAUAAAACGACACUCACAGAUGUCUGAUCAAGGACCAGGGGAGUUUAAGAAUGAAGUUGUGCUAAUUGCAAAACUUCAGCACCGUAAUCUUGUGAAACUUCUAGGUUGCUGCGUUCAAGGAGGGGAAAAAUUGUUGAUCUAUGAAUACAUGCCCAACAAGAGCUUAGACUACUUCAUCUUUGACAAAGCUAGAAGUAAGAUCUUAGCCUGGAAUCAACGUUUCCACAUUAUUGGUGGCAUCGCUAGGGGGCUUCUCUAUCUUCACCAAGACUCCAGACUGAGAAUUAUUCACAGAGAUUUGAAAACGAGCAAUAUCCUGCUUGAUGCGAAUAUGAAUCCUAAAAUCUCAGACUUUGGUCUGGCUCGGACUUUUGGCUGUGAACAAAUUCAAGCCAAAACCAGAAAAGUGGUUGGAACAUAUGGUUACAUGCCUCCAGAGUACGCUGUGCAUGGUCAUUACUCUGUGAAAUCAGAUGUCUUUGGUUUUGGCGUGAUUGUACUAGAGAUAGUUAGCGGAAGCAAGAACAGGGGAUUUUCUGACCCGGAACACUCUCUUAAUCUACUUGGACAUGCAUGGAGACUUUGGACUGAAGACAGGCCAUUGGAACUGAUAGAUAUAAACUUACAUGAAAGAUGCAUUCCUUUUGAAGUCUUAAGAUGCAUACAUGUGGGUUUGUUGUGUGUACAACAAAAACCAGGAGAUAGGCCGGAUAUGUCUUCUGUCAUUCCUAUGCUGAAUGGUGAGAAAUUAUUGCCUCAGCCAAAGGCUCCUGGAUUUUAUACAGGAAAGUGUAUUCCUGAAUUCUCUUCACCAAAAACGUGCAAAUUUUUAUCACAAAAUGAGAUAUCCCUGACAAUUUUCGAGGCAAGAUAGAAUACUAACAAUAUUAAUGAUGUAUUUUGUUGAUGAGCAAAGGAAAUGAUAUGGCUUCCCGUAACUAAAGUUGAUAUGAAUUUAAAGUACAAAUACGAACAAAGUCCGUUACAAUUGGUAGAUAACUCGGACUCUUCAGCAAGCUGUCAUUGGAUAGAUUCCUGAUGUAUAUAAAAGAUUAUCUAAGGAGAGAGCAUAAUGACUUCAUGUAUCUUUACAUCUUGGAAGAAUUAAUCUCUAACUUUUGGGGAAUGAUGCAAAUAAACAGAAAGGAUUAUAAAGAA